CCUCUACCCGUUGCCCUUUACGCUACUGAUAGCAAUAUCUUGAGUCGAUUUCUUUGUCUUUUUGCUUGGGAUUACACGCUGAACUUCAUUAUUUCCAAGAUUCGUUCAUUCAACCAUGGGAGGGUAAGUCGGCGUUGUGGCCUAAUAUCCACGAAAACACGUAGUUGGGUCCCCUUAAUCCCUUCUACAUCCUUUUAAAACGCCAUUACUUUGGGCAAAGGAUGAAAAAGAGCAUUUGUUGACAUUUAGAAAAAAUUUUCAUCUGUUCCACAAGCCCUUGCUCACUUGACAAGAGUGUGCUUAAUUUUUUGCUUGUCCGCCUGAUAAUUCUUUUGCGUGUAGCAGCAAUGGUAGCGCUCAUGCAAGGUGGAUGCAGAAAAAUGCUCUCUGGGCUGGCUGUCUUUUGUAUUUGGUUGGCUGGGACAGAUUCGGGUCGAGUGGUGCAAUUUAUUUGUCUUGUGUUGCAAACAACGGGAUGCUUAAUAGAUUGUCUCUGUAGAGACUAUCUGCAUGCACUAGUGCGUAAUAGGAUUGAAGGGAAACAAGGGAGCAGAAAAGAAGGGAAUAUACGCUAACCUCUUUGUCGAGUGCAUUCUUCGUCAAUUGGAGUCUACCUUCUCAUUUUGUCACCCGAGCAUCAUGGACUUGUAGUCUAUCCUAGCUAAGUGAGAGAAUUACCACACCACACUACGAUCCCACUUUGAUGGCCGUGUAAUUCCCACGCAUUCGUGUGUAUUUUACUUAUUUGAUUUGGGUUCAUUUCAUAUUCCCAUCACUUUGCAUCGAUGGCUUUCUUAUUCCUCUCUGUCAUUCCCUCUUAAAGAAAUAUCUCUUGCUCAUGUGAAAUAUGCUGCUCUCAUUCCAUUGUGGUGUCUCUAGAAUAACAUUGGCUGACAACCCCCCCGAUGAUCCGGAGGGGAGUUUUAUGCUCCCCAAUGGUCUCUGCAAUGCUGCGAUACUCAAAGACCAGCUGAAUCUGCUUAGCGGCUUUGCAGGGUCUAC